GACGAAUGUAGGCACGAGCGUGACGAACGCUUCGUUCGGAAAAAACAAAAAGAAAACAAGGAAGUGUCAGUUCAUUGUUAGGGAAAAUAAUUAGUGGAUUAGACAUCUCCUCGAGUCUGGGUCACACCGCUUGGCUGUUGGGGGUCCGGGCAGCUGAAGUCACCGUGGACUCGCCCGAGAGCCCGUUUCAGCUCGACUCGAGGAAUUCUGCUUCUAGCCAGCUAGCUAGCUAGCUAGCGAUGAAUACGGACGUAGAAUUUCACAUCAGGCAGAAUUAUCCUUGGAACAAGCUCCCUGCUAAUGUGAAACAGAGUUUGGGGAACUCUCAGCGCGAGUAUGAGAAACACGUUCUUCUCUACAGCAUCCGCAACCAGCUCCGAUUCCGCAAUAACUUAGUGCGGCAUGUGAGGAAGGACGAGCGCCGGUACUACGAAGAGCUGCUGAAGUAUAGCCGGGAUCACCUGAUGUUGUACCCCUACCACCUGUCGGACAUCAUGGUCAAAGGGCUGCGAGUGACUCCAUUCUCAUAUUACAUAGGGAUCAUGGAGGAUAUUAUGAACAGCGAGAAGAGUUAUGACUCCUUGCCCAACUUCACUGCUGCUGACUGUCUGAGGCUGCUUGGCAUUGGGAGAAACCAGUAUAUUGACCUGAUGAACCAGUGCAGAUCCUCCAAAAAAUUUUUCCGCAGGAAAUCGGCCCGGGACCUGCUUCCUGCCAAACCAGUAGAGAUCUCGGUUGAGCCGUGGUGGGUCGCACAGACGGGCUACAUCACUGAGGAUGACAUAAGGAUCUGCUCUCCAGCGGAAAAGAAAGCCAUUGAUAAGAUGAUUGAUUCCGGUCCUCAGCUGGCUGGAUCGAUGGAGUACAAUGUGGUGUUAAGUCUGUACAAUCGGGGCUUUAUUUAUCUGGACGUCCCCAUAUCUGAUGACAGCUGCAUCUCAGUGCCGCCUCUUGAAGGCUUUGUCAUGAACCGUGUCCAGGGAGAUUACUUUGAAACGCUUCUCUACAAAAUCUUUGUGUCCAUUGAUGAGCAAACCAAUGUAGCAGAGCUGGCCAACGUUUUGGAGAUCGACUUGGAUUUAGUCAAGAAUGCAGUGUCCAUGUAUUGCCGCCUUGGCUUUGCCGUCAAGAAAGGUCAAGUGUUCGGGUCAGACCAGCUUCACUCGUCAUGGAAGAACGCACCAUCUGUUAACAGACUCAAGAGCACUAUGGACCCCCAGAAGAUGCUCCUGUCCUGGGAGCAGGGCAGUCCUGUCAUGGAGGGGGGCUCUUCAGCCACAGACACCGACACUACAAGCCUGGAGGACCAAGGCGACACAGCCAGUGUCAGCAGCCUGAGCAUUCCAGCAGCACCAACUAAAAGGAUUGCCUUCCUCUUUGACUCCACCCUGACUGCCUUCCUUAUGAUGGGCAACCUGUCUCCGAACCUGAAGAGUCACGCAGUGACCAUGUUUGAAGUGGGGAAGCUGUCUGACGAGACUCUCGACAGCUUCUUGGCUGAGCUGGAAAAGGUGGAGAGCACAGCUGAGGGUGAGGCACAGCGUUACUUUGACCACGCUCUGACCCUGAAAAACACCAUCCUCUUCUUGAGAUACAACAAAGAACUCACUCAGGACCAGGGACCCGAUAUCCCUAAUAUCGGCUUCCCCCUGGACAUGCUGCGCUGCGAGAGCCUGCUGGGUCUGGAUCAAGCCACCUGCAGCCGUGUCCUCAACAAGAACUACAAACUGCUGGUGUCGAUGGCGCCUCUCAGCAACGAGAUCAGACCCAUCAGCAGCUGCACUCCUCAGCACAUUGGCCCGGCCAUCCCUGAGGUGAGCUCAAUCUGGUUCAAGCUGUACGUUUAUCACGUGACUGGCCAAGGCCCCCCAUCUUUGCUGCUCUCCAAGGGCUCCAGACUGCGAAAGCUGCCCGAAAUCUUCCAGGUGUAUGACCGGUUGUUGAUCACAUCUUGGGGCCAUGAUCCAGGAGUCGUACCGACGUCUAAUGUGCUGACAAUGCUCAACGACGCCCUAACACACUCUGCUGUUCUAAUACAGGGUCAUGGUAUGCACGGACAUGGAGAAAUGGUUCACAUCCCCUUCCCUUUUGACGAGGAGGAUCUGAAAGGAGAGUUCUCCUACUCCAACAUGUGUGCGCACAAGGCUCUGCAGAAGCUGAAGGAGCACGUCGACCUGCAGCACCAGUGCGGCUACGUCACAAUGCUCAACUCGAACAACCAACACCGCCGCAGAGCCAGCGACUCCGAGUGCAGAGGAGAAACUCAUUUAGGAGGUGGCCUGGACACCAAUGGCAGCACGGAGUCAUUUGAGCUCGUAACAGAAGAGAACGGCGAGGGAAGAGUCAAGUCUGACACGCUUUCAUCUGAAGAUGAGUGGGUCCCUCUUGAACUGUGCUUUGGCAUGCCCCUCUUCAGCUCUGAGCUCAACCGCAAAGUGUGUCGAAAGAUCGCCUCGCACAAAUUGUGCAGCAGCGAGAGCCUUCAGGAGCUGCUGCACUCCAGCCGAAAGCUGUCGCUGAAGGUGCUGAGCUUCGUUCAGUCAUUCCAGGACGGCAGCCAGCUCUCCGACCUGGACAGUGGGGUGUCCAACCCUCUCAGCCACCGUUUGGCUGAGUCCGGCGUCCCCCUGCCCUCCCUCAACCUCCUCUUCAAGGAUGGGCAGCUGAGGGAAUGGAGCGGGCGGACCCCUCCCCCUCUGGACAUCACUACACUGCAGAAAGACCAAUCCUCAUAAGAUUCUUCAGGCCAGGUUUUUUUUCCCAUCUCCCCAAGGACAUUAAUGAUCCGUCACAUCACCGACAUGGAAACGCCCUCCACUCUCCCUCCUGUCCGUCAGCAGCCAGAGAUCGAAAUCUGUCUGAGAGCCAAUCCCCUCUUUCAUUCCUGGUGUUGAUAGCUGCGUUGCUCUUUGGAGUGAUGCUAUAAACACAUUCUAAAACAGUAAUGCAGGCAAACAGCAAGAAGGAUCAUUUUACUGUAAAAACAAGUGCUGACCUCCCAGUCAGCGGAUGGUCUGUUCCUUAGAACCACAGAGUUUCAUCAAAUUACAGAUCUUCUCAAAAGAACAAUAGACCCACAAAUUAUGGAUUUCUUCAGGUAUCAUUUAACAAUAUGCAUAUUUGAGGACCAAUACUUUGGACUCAUGAGGCAGGGUCUGGAACGUAGAUCCAGCUGCCUUCUUGUGUUGUCCGAUGUGAAAUAAUCUAAUGCAUGAAACUGUUGCACAACUCACAGAAACAUACUUUAUGUGAUUGAUAUUUGAGGGCAUUUAUUAUUUGCACUGUGCAGGAUUUCUCCAAAUUUGUGGAACAGCUUAAUAAAUGCCACAUUAUUCCUUUUUUCUUUUUUAUAUAUAUAUAUAUGUUGAACUAUUGAAUUAUUUGUAGUGCGCACACGUUUUAGAGCUCAUGGUUACCAGGAGCUGUUUCUUCACAGGGACGCAAAUAUAAUAGUUGAUCUAAAAGGUUUUUUUCUGUUAAAAACACCAAAGACUUUUUUUUUGUUUUUUUAACUUUGAUUUAUAAAAUUGCCUUUAUUAUUAUUAUUAUUAUUUUUUGCUGCCUUAUUAUAGCCAGCCAAUCAAAACCCCCACAAAUCUGUUUUUUAAAUUUUAUUUAAAACCUUAUUUUUUAAGUUUGUUUUUUUUAAAGAAUAUUUCUUGAAUUUUAUGAAGUUCCUGCAAACGAACAGCUUCAGUUCAUUACCAACCGACUAAAUCAGUCAAGUGUGACACUCUGAAGGGAGCAGGAACUGUUGAAUCUGCGGUUUUGACCCUAGGGUGCCACCGCCAGUGCCGCCGCCGCCGCCUGCCUCGAUUUGUCUGGACGGCCUCCAGCUUGUGUGCAACGCUGUGCUCUCCUGGCACCACUCGCCCCGGGAAUUUCUGUUUACAGAGUUUUGAGCAAAGAAAAUUGAAAGGAAAAAAUAAAUGGGGGGGGGGGGGGGUUGUAGUCAAGAGAAGGCGUCUAUGCUGUAAAGUUCCAUGGCAAACCCAAGGAGGCGUCUGCUGGUUUUCAGAGAUGGCUUAGCAUUUUAUUGCACCGACACUGGAAAGUGACACUUCUUGAAGGAAUCUGUAUUUUGCAGUUUUUGGCCCCAUUUGUGGUAGUUGUUUGUAAUGAUUUGGUGGAGGAUAUGGGGAGGAAAAAGGAAAAAAAAAAGAAAAGACAAACUGACCUCCCGCAGAAGCAUGGUGACUGUGUAGAAAAUGUUGUGUGUGUGUGUUGUGUGUGUGUGCGUCUUGUACACCCCACGCCAAUUUUUGGAGAAAAAAAGAAAAGAAAAAGUCCUCUCAAUCUGUUAGUUAUGUAGAUGCAGUUCCUCUCCAGCAAACAUUCACCGGUGUUUCAAAUGCUAGUUUUUUAUGUCCAACUCUAUUUUAGCAAAUCUUUGUUGUAGCUUGUGAAUACCAUUUGUUCAAAUGAUAAAGAGAUUCCCCUUGUAAUUAAGAUGACAUUCCUCCACUUUGCCAUUUCUUGAUCCUCUCCGCAGAUACAUAUGACAUCAAAACAAAUAUGUAAAAUGUAUAGGAAAAUAUAAAUAAAUAUGUAAUAAGAGCAAACUUUCCU